AUGCGGGAACGCCGCAGUGAGAGUCUCCAUGUCGAGUUUGAACGUCAGUCUCGAAAGUUGCCACUCCUAAAUCCUGACCAGGAGGAUUUCUCAACUGGAUCUACUCAGGCCGCAGAAGCCAAGUUUAUCACGCCCUUGGAUCCUGUGAUUGAGACGGUCCAAGGACAGCGCCUACCAGUCAUACCUGUAGCAGAGGCAGUUAAACUCAACAAACUCAAAAACUCAGUGGAGGGCCAUGAGUCCUUCUACCCACCACAGUCCGCGCUGCGGGAGGGCAAAGAUGGCUCCAGGUACGGUGCAAGAAUCGCGAGGCCUGGCUCGGAGAAACAGAGCGAAGAAGCAGACGCUCCGUUGAGGCACGCCAUUCCAAAGUCACGCACGAACCCGCUGUUUCCAGACUUGCCCGUCUAUGGUCCACCGACACGGUUGAGAUCCUUGCAAUGCUGGUUCUUUCGUGUGGUCUCUUCAGUGCUGUCGCUGUGCUUCCUGAUUGUCAUCGUCUUGGGAGCAGUUUUCACAGGUCUCYCCAAGCUUCUUCACCCCACAAAGCUUCAAGUCUCGGGUAAAAAUCGCCCAUUCCAUGCAGAAGAACUGAGACGGCGGCAGGAACGCAAAGCGGCAGAAAAGGAAUGGGUGCAGACAAAGAAACAUCUCAAUGCUCAGGCGCCUUCUGGCGAAAAACAAGACUUACCGCAAGAUGGCCAAUUCAUCCCAACAGAAGGAGGCCCGGACCCACUGUGCGUCGACAUGGCUUACUAUGCCCGUCGCGUGGGGUUGGAUGCAGAGUGCUUUGAUGUGCAGACUGAAGAUGGGUUCAUUAUCGAGCUCUGGCAUAUCUACAACCCAAGAGAGUAUGUGAGACCUCCUCAGUCGUCUCGCGAGAUACGAUCUCCCGAUAUCUUCCAGACGUCUGUAUCCUCACCUUGCUACGCCGAGACUUCCCGAGCAUUCCCAGAAGGCAGGAAGAAGUAUCCCGUUUUGAUGAUGCAUGGACUCCUGCAGUCCGCCGGUGCUUACUGCGCAAACGACGACGACAGUCUUGCUUUCUACCUUGCAAAAUCCGGCUACGAUGUGUGGCUCGGCAACAAUCGAUGCGGCUUUGACCCGAAGCACACUUCUCUUCAGUAUGAGGAUCCUCGAUUCUGGGCGUGGAAUGUACGCCAAAUGGGGGUGAUGGAUCUUCCGGCUCUCAUCAGUCGAGUGCUUGCCGAGACGGGCUUCCCCAAGCUAGGACUGAUAGCACACAGCCAGGGUACCACGCAGACACUUGUUGCUCUUGCUAAAGAACAGAGGCCGGAGAUUGGCGAGAAGAUCAGCGUGUUCUGUGCUCUGGCGCCGGCCGCAUAUUCGGGCCCGUUGAUCAAGAAGGCAUACUUUCGCUUCAUGCAGCUCAUCAGUCCUGGUAUGUUCCGGCUGAUUUUCGGCAUUCACGCUUUCAUUCCGAUCAUGGGGUUCGCUCAUACAGUCUUACCGGGCAGACCAUUCUCGUGGAUGGGCUAUCACGUGUUCUCGUUCUUGUUCUCAUGGUCAGACAGUCGAUGGGAUCGAGAUAUCCGCAAUCGCAUGUUUCAGUGGGCACCUUCAUAUGUGUCUGCAGAGAGCAUGGCAUGGUGGCUGGGAAGGACCGGCUUUGCUAAGCAGAAGUGCAUUCUCUCCACCAGAGAGGAAGGGCAGAUUGAAGACGAGGAGGAUGAGGAGGAUGAUGCUGCUCUUCGGGCGUACUACGCAGAUAAGGAGCCACACCUGUCAGAGCGGGAGAAACUGCAAAGGAGCUUGACUGCGUACCGUCGCGGAAGCAUCGCGAUACACCAAUUUCAAAACAAGCGGGGCAGAUUUGCGUGGUAUGAUGAUCGGUUCCCUCCGCUGGCUCUUUGGGUCGCCGGAGCCGAUGACUUGGUAGACGGACGAAGACUUCUUCGUCGUUUCGAGCGAGGACGUGAGCCACACGUCAAUAUCGUCCAUCAGAAAAUCAUCGAGGGAUACGAACACCUUGAUGUAAUCUGGGCAAUGGACGCCAUCGAAAAGGUGGGAAAAGAGGUCAGAGAGGUCAUCUGGAGGACCGCCAGCCUGGAGAGUCAGAAGCAAUGCCGGACACCCAUUGGCUGCGACAAACCGCACGAAGAAGAACCACACCCCCAGGACGUACCGAUGGUAUACAGUGGGGGAAGGGAAAGGAUGGCUAGUAUCAGUCAGAGUGCCUCCAAGGUUGGAACGGGAGAGCUUCAGAUUGACGCUUCCAAAAACGCAAAAGCGGAUCAGCAGAAGUACCGAGAAAGUCGAGAGGAAGCCCGGAGCUAUGCAGACACAAGCGACGGUAGCGAGACCUCCGAGAAACCAUAG